ACUGAUCAUCAGUGUGCCCUGAUGAUCAGUGUGGCCCCAGAAGUGCCACCUGUCAGUGUCCAUUAGUGCCAGUAGUCAGUGCUCAUCAGUGCCACAUAUCAGUGCAUACCAGUGCACAUCAAUGCCACAUAUCAGUGCCCAUCUGAGCUGCCUUUCAAUGUCACCCAUCAAUGCCAGUCAGUGUUGCCUAUCAGUGCCAGUGAGUGCCACCUAUCAGUGCCAUGCCAUCACUGCCACCUAUCAGUGUCCAUCAGUGCAGCCUAUCAGUGCCCAUCACUGCAGCCUCAUUAGCGCACAUCACUGAAGGAGAAAAAUCACUUAUUUACAAAAUUGUAUAA